UGCAGCAGGUUUUAAGCUCAAUUCUCAUCCUCUGGUUGAAUCAGCAAUAAUAUUUUAUGCUUAACUUUGCGAAGUAAUUACUUACUGUAUUUUUUGAAGAAAUACUUAAUUUCCUAUAGAAUUAAUUGAUUGUUUAAUAUUAAGUUCCCAACUACAUAAAUAAUUAAUUGGCCGCUUAUUUACAUAAUAUUAAGUAAGUUCUGCAAAUACUUACAUAAUUAAAAUAAAAUUUUAUAAAUACACACCAAGCGCUACCUGAAACUUGAAGCUUGACAUAAUUAAUUAAUUAUUGAAUAUAUUAGUAAACUAAUUAAUUAAUCAAUCUAACAUUGCGAAAAAUUAAGUACUUAUUUCAAAGCAUAUGUCGUCCAUUCAAAUCGUCCCGGACGAUGUGGGCGUCGCUGCAGCGCAAAUAAUAAGCGAUGCGGUUGGGAAUUUUUCCCUGCACAAUCGCCUAAAUUCGUCAGAUCUGGAAAAAUUAGCGCUCGAAGGAGCCCAAGAAAUUUCGGGUGGACUCCGUGACGUUGCUCGGGUCGUGGAAGGGCUCAACGUGCCCUUAACCAUUUUACUCUACGUCGUUUCGAUAGCUCUCGCUGUGUGGGUGGUGUUGACCCUGGUGGAGAAAACGAUUCUAGUAGUGACCUAUUUCGCGGGGAAUAAGAGGCGUGGCCGAGGAUGGGGGAGGGGCCCGUGUGGAUCGUGCUGUUCAAAGAUGAAGAGAUGGUGUAUUGGAAGAAAUCCCACCAGAUCGGUACGAAUAAGGCCGGAAGUGAAGAAUAUGGACUACACAUUGCAUCCUUUGAAAGAUGACGAACACCUAAAUUCAAAAAUACCGCCACCCAACGAACAUGAAAUUUCGCUGGUAUAGUAAUCUACUGUUUUUGUCUGUAACGGCCAUAGUUAGAAAUUAUUGAAGUGGACGACCAUACAUAAUCUCACAGGAAAUUUAAAACUACUUACAUACAUAAUUACCUGGAUAUUUACACAAUUAAUUAUGAAUGUACCGAAGACCUGAAAAUUAUUAAUUAUGCAAUACCCGGAUUAAAAUAAUCCUCAUUGAAUUAUUAAUCCAAUAAUUCAUUUUUUGAAUAUGUACAUAAAUUCAUCAAGUUUUAAUUUGGAGGAGACAAUUUGCAGAUAUGUAAUUUAUCUAUUAAGGAUUAACUUCUGAUAAAUUUUUGUAAUUUUGUACCGAGAAAAAAAAAACAAAUUUGUUAAACCAAGAAGAAGUAAGUUAUGUAAUCUAUGUACAUAUUUUCUUAAUUAGAAAUGUUUCUUUUUUACUUCGUAAUAAAUUGUAUUUUAUUAUUAAA